GUGAUUUGAAUCAUGUGAUGUUUUGUUGAUGUUGUUGUGGCAGGAGAAAGAUGGCGGCACGCUGGAGUAGUGAGAAUGUGGUGGUGGAAUUCCGAGAUGCACAGGCCACUGCUAUGUCUGUAGACUGCCUGGGUCAACAUGCUGUCCUGUCUGGACGGCGCUUCCUGUUAAUGGUGAGCCUGGAGGCUCCUUUUGAAGCCCCCAGGAAAAUCAGCAGGCAGAGCAAGUGGGAUGUGGGUACUGUCCAGUGGAACCCUCACAAGGCGGAGUCCCACGUCUUCGCUGCCUCGAGUAACCAGAGAGUUGACCUGUACUCGUGGCGUUCUGGUGGCGGAGAGGUGCACACAUCCCUGCAGGGGCACACACGUGUCAUCAGUGACUUGGACUGGUCCUGUUUUGAACCUGAACAUCUAGUCACCAGCUCUGUGGACACAUACAUCUAUAUCUGGGAUACCAGAGACACAAGGAAGCCAACAGUGGCGUUGUCUGCCGUGGCGGGGGCAUCUCAGGUCAAGUGGAACAGGCGUAAUCAUUGCCUCCUAGCCUCCAGCCAUGACGGAGAUGUUCGUAUCUGGGACAAGAGAAAACCUAACACAGCUGUGGAGUAUGUUGCGGCUCACCUGUCAAAGAUUCACGGUCUGGACUGGCAUCCUGACAACGAAUACAUCCUGGCAACCUCCAGUCAAGACAACUCUGUCAGGUUCUGGGACUUCAGACAGCCAAGGAAGUACCUAAAUAUCCUGUCUUGUCAGGUUCCUGUAUGGAAAGCCAGAUACACUCCCUUUUCCAAUGGCCUGGUGACCGUAAUGGUUCCCCAGCUGAGGCGUGAGAAUAGCUUGUUGCUAUGGAGCAGUCUGGAUCUCAACAACCCUGUCCACGCCUUCGUGGGACACGACGAUGUGGUGCUGGAGUUCCAGUGGCGCCCCCAGAAAGAGGGGUCUAAGGACUACCAGCUGGUGACCUGGUCCAGGGACCAGACUCUGAGGAUAUGGAAGGUGGACACUCAGCUUCAGAAGCUGUGUGCCAAUGAUCUGGUAGAAGACUUGAUGGAGGGGAUGAGUUUAACCACAGAGUCAGAGAAGAUCCUGCCCUCACCGGACCAUGAAUCUGCAACUCACAUCUCUGGCCAGUUAGCUGACGACAUACUGGACCAGGAUGGUCUGCUGAACUCCACUGGUAGACAUGACCCUUCGGGGUUGCCCCAGACACUGCAACAGGAAUUCUCUUUGGUCAACCUGCAGAUCAGAAACGUCAACGUGGAGAUGGAUGCAGUGAACCGGAGCUGUGUGGUGUCAGCUGUCUUUGGGACCAUUCAGGUGCGACUGGUGGUGAAGUUCCCAGCUCAUUACCCCAACAAUGCUGCCCCGUCCUUCCAGUUUGUCUCCCCCACCACAAUCCCCUCCACAAUGAGGACCAAGAUUCAAAAGAUCCUAACAGACACAUCACUGCAGAAGGUCAAAAGGAACCAGAACUGCCUGGAACCCUGUGUGAGACAACUGGUUUCCUGUCUGGAGUCUUAUAUGACCCAGGAGGACAGCGGUGCUGCCAAUCCGUACCUCCUAACUAACCCUGUGACCCCGGCUCUGCCGGCGUUUCCCCGGGUCACCAACACCUAUGGCUCCUACCAGGACGCCAACAUCCCCUUCCCGCGCACCUCGGGCGCUCGCUUCUGUGGCACUGGCUGCCUAGUGUACUUCACCAGACCAAUCACCAUGCACCGCUCUGUUCCGACCACAGAGCCGACGCCCAGGUCCCUAUCGGCCCUGUCAGCGUACCACAGUGGAGUUCUCACUCCCCUGAAAAUGCGCACGGAGUCACAGAGCACGUUGAGGCUGUACGGUGGCAGCCCCACACGCACCGACAAGGACCCGGUCUCCAUAUCCUCCUUCUACUACAAGGAACGGAAGCCUCUUCAGUCUGGCCUUCGUCGCUGGUCUAUGCAGAUUGCUCAUGACUGCCCGAAAUCACGUCGUUUCAAGACGAAGCGAGAAGGAGCAGAGUAUGGUAACAGACCUAUAAAGCUGGCAGGGAAAGUCAUCAUCCAGGAGAUCUCCUGUCUGCUUCCCGUACACAAGGCCUUGGGGGAGGCAUACAUUUUGAAUGUUAAUGACAUCCAGGACACGUGCCAGAAGAACGCAGCAGCAGCCCUGGCUCUGGGACGCCGAGAUGUGGCAAAGGUGUGGGCCCUGGCCUCCGCUGCCACCAGUCUAGACCUCAGUCCAGAUUGUGAAUCUGACCCUGACACUGAUACGCCAUGGGCCAGACACCCCUUUGGGCGCCACCUGCUGGAGACUCUCCUCGACCACUACAGCAAAAUGAGUGACAUCCAGACCUUGGCCAUGCUCUGUAGUGUGUUCAGGACCCAGGGAUGUUCCCAAAUGAGUGACGUCCAGACCUUGGCCAUGCUCUGUAGUGCGUUCAGGACCUCAGGAUGUCCUCAGGACUACUUCUCCCUGUACGGACAACAUGCUCCAGGCCGUUCAACACAGAUCCCCCCUCACCAUUCACGAUACCCCAGUUACACGUCCAGCUCCAUGACCUCAGGCUCCUGUUCCAGCACGUCUGAUUCUACCACCACAACUACCUGGAACGUUGGUCGAGACCCAGAACACAUCCCUCCCUGGGGAGAGUCCUCGCCCGAUGAUUAUCGCUAUGCCAACCAACCAUACACAGACCCCCGUGAGCGAGAGAAAGAACUGCACGACAUGAACAAAAAGCUCCUGGACCCUACCAACACGCUGCAGUUUGAUGACUUUAAGAAGUACUACGGUGAGAUCCUCCAUCGCUGGGGUCUGAAGGAAAAAAGAGCAGAGGUCCUCAAGUUUAUAUCCUGUCCUCCUGAACCUCACAGAGGCAUCGAGUUCGGCGUGUACUGCUGUCAUUGCCGUAGCCAGGCGUGCGGCACGCAGUGCGCGGUGUGUAAGCGGUUCACCUUCCAGUGUGCCAUCUGCCACGUGGCGGUGCGCGGCUCCUCCAACUUCUGCCUGAGCUGCGGCCACGGUGGACACACCAGCCACAUGAUGGAGUGGUUCCGGACCCAGGACGAGUGUCCCACCGGCUGUGGCUGCCGCUGUCUCCUCCAGAGCACCUUCUGAUACACACGCACACACACACACACAUACACACACCCACACACAGCGCGGAGGAGGAGGCAAUGCUUUGAAUGUGACUGGGGGAAAGAGACUGUGUAUCAUGAAGGCUUUCACCAGGUUGGCCAAAACACACCAACACACACACACACACACAAAAUGGCUGAUUGAAUACUUGAAGAUUGUGCUUUUCUUUUUUGAGGGGGGAGGGGUGCCUUUCUUGUUUAGUCUAAAACUCCUGCCGGUCAACAGAAUGUAUAUCCGUGCGGUUUCAUUGAUGGCAAAUUCCUUGGAGCCGUAUUAACCGAAAUACAAUGUUGCUGAAUGUGAUGUUUGGUGCUGACUGGGUAGCUGAAGGUCCUCACAAACUAAACCUGGGAGGAGGAAGACCCUUGUACAGAUUAUGUGCCAUAUGUGUAUAGAAAUACAUGGUUUUAAGUGUCCCUUUGUUCUUAUCAAUAAAAGUGAAGGGCACACUGUC